UAACGCGGUUAAAUUCAAGAUGGCGAAUAAUUGUGUCAGCUUUGCCAUCAGUCCAACAGCCGCAAAUGUAUAUUUUUGGCGAUUUUUUACCAUAAGGACGCAUGGAAAGUCUUUUUCUUGGUAACUGGCGACCUUUCCGAUACUUUUAGGAGUUUUGGGAAAAAUAUUCAAAAAUAUGCAUUCAGCUACGAAAUAUAUUUCGGAGUCCAAGUCUAAGGAAGAUGGCAAUCCAAUUCAAAUUAUUGGUGCUCUAAAGAUGCACGGAACUGGACUGGAGGGCAAGACUUUGCUGCCCUCAGUCGUUCGACCUGAAUCUGCCUUGUACACCAAACCAAUGACUUCUCUUUCGAGCAUGAGUGCUUGCAAUGAUCCAAAUAUUGAUAGACCAAAGACUCCUUAUGUAAAUAAUAUAACUGUGCAUCCUCUCAACAGAGGUCAUGUGCCUACCAUACCAUUUCCACAACAAAUUAACCAUAGUUUAAACAAUCAUGGUGUUGUACCCCUUGCUACUCAACACACUGUUCCAAUACCUCAGAAUACUGACAAUCAUGUCAUACCGCUAAAUCUACAACAUAUUGGUGCUGGUGAAAUUCGUCCUCACAUUGGUCAAGUUGCUUUGGCAAAUGUAAAUCCAGGUUUUGCCACCCAACAGCAGAUGUUUGCUAAUUCGGAAGUGCAAAGAUUUAAACCAUCUGUUUCAGUCACCAAUAACAUUAUGCUAACUGGGAAUGCUCAUUCUGGUUCGAAUCAAGUUUAUACUAAACAGGAACAUAGAACACCAUUGCUGCACCAUAAUCUUGAUGAUCCAAAUAUCCAGACUUUGAUACCUCAUCGAACAUUAACGACAGAUAAUAUCCUUCUCACUGGAAACACACAAUCAAAUUUGAGCGAAACCGAUGCUGGAAGCGAAGGACGAAUUUCACUUCUGCAUCAUAACAUUGACAAUUCAAAUGUCCAUACUGUGGUGCAUCAUCAUACAUCUUUGACCAACAAUAUCCUCCUUACUGGAGAUACUCAAUCUAAGAUGAAGUAUAAAGCUGUUUUUAGCGACUCCAAAGUACAAAGUCAUGAUGAUUCACAUUAUAUCAAUUUAACUGAUGCUCACCAAAGUGCUUUACAGCCAUUGGUUAAUGAGUCCACUCAUUCUAAUGAAGGAGGAACUGGACACCAGCUUGCUUCAUUACAGCCAUUGGUUAAUGAAUCCACUCCCUCUAAUGAAGGGGGAACUGGACACCAGCUUGCUUCUUUCAAUGCUUCUUCUGUUGAGUUUCAAAAAUUCGCUUCACCGAUGAAGGCAGCAUACUCGAAUAAAUGCAAACUCGAUGAUGCAGAUUUAUUUAAUGACGAAGAUCGAUCUUCACAGAAUGAUGAGCGAAGAAAAAGAGGAUCGAAAAAGAAAGGCAAAACUGGUGUUUCAUCCCGUGAAAGGAAAAGCCAUUUCGACCUUGACGAAAGAAGAACAUUUUUUGGUGGUAUAUUGCAUGAAAACAAUAAGUUUGCAAGCGUAGGCUCUUACCAUCCUGAUUUUCACUCGAGUCGUAGCGAAUCUGACUUUUGUGUUAAUGAAAACGAAACCAUUGGUGAAAGUCACGUGAGUCCUGGUUACCCACGUAGUUAUUUAUAUUCGAAUAGCCCACGAUCGGGCAGUUUGUUGCCCGUAGUAGAGGAUGAUCACGUGGUCUACAAAGACUCUUAUAGACAUUUAAAUUCAGAGGUUAUUUCGAGGAACGAGUUUGAAUGUCGGUCACCUCGUUCAGAGUACCAUUAUCAAUCCUCACAAUUCGAGGAAAAUGAUUGGCUGAGCUUUAGAGAAUCACGUGACAGCCAGGAAAUUGGCAACUUGAACGAGAGAGAGACAUAUUUUGGAGGGUUGUUUAGAUCGAUUGACCGAAGCCGCUCUCCUCGUAGUUAUACCAGGAGACAUUCUCCUACACCUUCCAGUUCCGGUGGACAUUCUCCCAUGAGGUCAAGAUGCCGUACUCGAUCGUCUAAACGAUCGACUUCCCAUGUGCGUUUAUCAAGAAGGUCAAAAUCCCGGACGUUUUCCUCAAGGAGAUCAAGUCGCGAAAAUGAGAGGGGAAGGCGAUUUCGGCUACAAAAUGUCAUAAGUCCAGCAAGAAGCGAACAUCGAUAUGAAAGGUCUGCGAUAACCAAACGCCAAAGUAGCUCUAAAACUGAAAGGCCUGGUAAAGAGGGUGCCUUGUUUGUCGAGGAAAGACAUAAAGUUUCUCGGAGAGCUAGCCGAGAACGCUGUCUAAAUGAUGAAAAACAGUCGACUGAGGCCAAGGAUUCGGAUAAAAGACGACGAACUCAUAUGAAGCCAUAUUCCUACAAACGUCGACGGACCGGAAGUAAGUCUCCUCGAGGUUCUCCGUCUUUAUCUUCCCAUAGGACGUCGUCGACCGGAGACAGAUUGAGAAGAAGUUAUUUGUCACGUGAUCGAUAUCCCGAAGGCGACAUUUCACAUAAACCUCGGAAGAAGGACGAUGAUUUGAGCGAUGCAUCAAGACGUGCACUCAAGUGCUUUUGCCUUCCGCAACCGCAUGUGAAACGAACAUUCGUUUAUGAAAAGUCAUCAAAUGCAUGUAUCGACGAGGCGAACCGGGUGCACAAAGAAUUCGAAGAGCUAUUGAGUAAAGAAAAAGCGCUUGCCAAUGCUGAACCGCCGACCAUCAGUCAAACCUUAGUUUCUGAUGAUUGCACGCGCUCCGACCACAGCGAUGACGACACUCGGUUUGUCCACGAUCUCCUUCACUGUGAUGACGCAAAUGAUAAUGACGUCAGCGACAGUGAUAUCGAAUUUGAGGGAAGUGAUAGCGACAGCAGCGCACCCGAUGAUCCUGUAUCGAAAAGACAGAAAUUCCGUGGGCAAGAUAGCCUUAUGAGAUUGCAUUCUGAAUUAUGGUACAACGUGAAAGGAGAGGUUAACCAGGGUAAGAAAUGUUUGUGCAGUGUGCAAGAUCAAAAGAAAUGGAUCGUUCACGAUAUUUAUCCCGAUGAAAAGUUGCCGGAGCCAUGUAAAUCAAUGGAAGAAGACGAAUUAAAACAUCUACAUCACUACUGGAUCACAGUCUACCCUCAUUCCAAUUUCAUGACUGAAAAUCCAACAAAAAUUCAAUGUAAUGGAAACACGUAUAUCUUUGAAGGUUUCUCCCUCCUCUCCCACUCCUCUCUUGAUGCAAUUCCCAAAUGCUUUUUUACGAGAUUCAACUUUGAAUAUGAAAUACUCUUUAUCGAAGAACCAGUUCCCAACAAUUUCGAUGUUCGUGAUCUUCACCUGUUUUCAAGAUUUCUUUUUCACGAUGUCCUGGAGUUAUACGACUGGACUAUUGGACAAGUGAAAGAUCACGACAGCAAUUUUUGUGAUCUUUUCUACUUCUUACCAAGAUUUACGCGCAGAAUAAGUGAGAAUGAUAAUGGACCACAGGAAUACGAACUCUUGUCAAUGAGAAGUGUCUGGAAAUAUCUUUUGGAAAGUCAUAAGCCAUUAAUAAGUGAGGAAACAUUGAGUCUGGAGAAAGGAUUGUGGAAAGAAUACGUUGAUUCUUGUGUCAAUAGCAUUGUCAUGAAACCUGGCUGGAAACCCAGCUCGAUCAGGGUGGAUGACAUUGAAAGAACCAACAAGGGUGAAGCCAUGAUUGUUCACAAGGGCAUAAGACCAGUUCAGCUCAGUUUCUCUGGACAUCCAAAAUGUCGAAGACUCAAAAAUAAGUAUUUAAAGUUGAGAUCUGUGGUUCAAAACAACCGUGGAGUAUCUAAGAAUGAACGAUUACGCCUAAUCAAGUUGAAGUUGACUUUGGACAACAUGAAAAUGAAAGAUUCACUUCGACGAAGUUGUUGUGUUCGUGUUAGCGCACGUGACAUGAUGAAAACCGGAUUAAACUCGGAUGUCACUCAGCAUGCAAUGGUUCUUCCUGUUCUGGUUCAUCAUGUCCGCUUUCAUUUAAGCUUGUUCAGUUUGGAUAAACGCUUGGCUUACACAUUUAAAGAUAGAUCUCUUUUACAGCUCGCUCUUACGCAUCCAUCAUACGUCAUGAACUACGGUACGAAUGCUGAUCAUGCCCGAAACAGCCUAUCAAACUGUGGGGUUAAAGAACCCAGGUAUGCUGAUAAGACGCAACGUUUGUCACAGCGUAGGAAGAAAGGGAUUGUACAGCUCAUCAACACUAUGUCGAAACUGGAAGAUCUCGACGGUAGCCAUUCAUUCAUUCAUCACAACGAGCGUCUGGAAUUUCUUGGAGACGCCAUAUUGGAAUUCAUCUGCACUUCUCAUUUGUAUUUCUUGUUUCCCGACAUGGCUGAGGGGGGACUGGUAGCCCACAGAUCUUCGUUGGUGCAAAAUAAACAUUUGGCUCACAUUGCUGAGAAACUCCAGUUGGACCAUUACAUGUUAUUUUCUCACGGACCGGAUCUUUGCCAUAAAGAUGAUAUGAAUCAUGCGAUGGCGAAUUGUCUUGAAGCUUUGUUAGGCGCUGUUUAUUUAGAUUCAGGUAUAGGAAGCGUACAAAAGGUGUUUUGUGAACUCGUCUUUGAGGAAACGGAACUUCGUAAAUUAUGGUGUGCUCUACCGAAGCAUCCGCUUCAGGAACAAGAACCAGGAGGAGAUCGUCAUAUCAUUCCAUCUUCAGAAGUUCUCAAGGGUCUUGUCAGUCUUGAAGAGUCAAUUGGAGUACGUUUUAAUCACAUUCGUCUUCUGGCGAGGGCAUUUACUCACGCUCAAGUUGUUCAUUUAACGCUUGGUGACAAUCAACGAAUGGAGUUGCUAGGCGACUCUAUCGUCCAAUGCCUGGUAACGGAUUAUCUCUAUCGUCAUUUUCCUCAGCAUCACGAGGGACAUCUUACGUUGCUAAGAAGUUCGCUCGUUAACCGCAACAUACAGGCACAAAUAGCCACUGAAGUAGGACUCGAUCGUUACAUCCAUUUUGGAAAUGGACCAGUAGUGCCGAAUCUAAAAAAGAAAAACUUGUCUGAUUUGUUCGAAGCUUUUCUGGCCGCGUUGUUUGUCGACAAAGGGAUUGAGCCAGUCGAAGUUUUUUGCAAAGUUUGUCUAUUCCCAAGACUUAGGGACGUGAUUAUCAAUCAGGAAUGGUUAGAUGCGAAGUCGCAACUUCAAAGCUGCUGUAUUGCGCAAUCAAAGCACGACAAACUUCCCGUUUACAAAGUGGUGAAUUCUGUAGGAUCAGCGAACAUGAAGCAUUAUACUGUUGCUGUUUAUUUUGAUGGUAAAAGAUUGGCAACAGGUUCUGGAAAUAGCAUUCACGAAGCCGAAAUGAACGCUGCUAUAAAAGGCCUGGAAGUCGCACAUAUUCCAGAAAAAAUUAGACAAAAAAUCGUAAUGAAGAAAAGCAAAGAAGAUACCUAUCGAAAAUGAGGCCACUCAUCUUGAGAUUUUCGUACUCGCCAUUGUCCAUUGUAAGCUGCUGGGGCAGCGGUGGCCGUGUUGUCGGUAGCUUUGGUUUGACCUUUGGAUAAAGAUUUAAGUUUAGCUUUGGUUUGACCUUUGGAUAAAGAUUUAUGUGCAAUUUCAGUGAAAGGAACAUUGGUGAAUUGAACUAUAUCUUAUUCAAUCUUAUCAUUAAAUUUUUAUUGCUUUUCUUAUACUUUCACUGUAAGCACUUUUAACAUUUUAUAUUUUAUAAUUAUUGCUGGUAUUCAAUGUUUUAACAAAA